AUGAGAGUAUUAGCAGUAUUGACGUGUUUGGCAUGGUGUAGUCUUUUCCUGUCGUGUCAGAGCGCUUCUCCAAGAAGCUUCACAGCGGAGGAACCACGAGUCAGAAAUAAUACAAGCCCGGAGAUUUCGUUGUCCAAGAGCGAGGUGGUUACGUUGUUACCGUCGCGAGCGCGCCAGCCAGGGGAACCUCGCCCUCCGCACCACCUCUCGAGGCGCAGCGGCUGUGCCCAAUCCUCGUCCUCCGGUUUCUCCACCUUCGGCUUCCUCGCCUUCAUGCUCAUCUCCGUCAACACCGUCGUCAACAUCAUCAAUAACAUCAACAAUAACAACAACAACAAUAACAAUAAUAACAACAAUAACAACGAUAACAAUAACAACAAUAACAUGAAUACGAACGAGAACGGGAGGGCGUUCGAGCUGAAGGACGACCUCUGGGAUCUGGAGGCCUUCGACGACCACCACUGGAGGAGGAGGGACUCGUGUGACUGCCGUGGCUCUGUGGGCGUGAUGGAAGCCAUGGACAAGACGAGUGGCGAUAUCCAAUCGUGGGCGGCCGCCGUGCUAUCUAAAUAUCCCCAGUGUCUUCCGCGGUUUGCCUGUGAAAUGACCUCGUAUGCCGGCGAUAGUACAGUAGGAUUAUUGUUAUUAACGCCUCUGAAAACGUCUUUUGCUGGAGAGAUCCUUCAAUCGUCCAGGAACGGAGGAUGUCAGACUUUGUACCCUCUCUGUCCACUCUUUGAUAACUGAAGAUUUCGUCAUAUUCUCAC